AAGGGUCAUUUCAAACAGAAGUAGCCUAACCGCUGUCACUAUUCACUGCAAGAAUAUCUAAACACGCAAGAAGUGUUUUAUUUUGAUUUGCUCUUAUUUUUUAUUUUGUUUCGUGAUAAGACAAAAUUAAAGCUCUUGCAAAUAUUGCGGGGUCGUUGGAUUAAAUGCGACUGCGAAAUCUUGGAAUAAAAAUGCAUCAUAGCUAGUAGAAUAGGAAGUGCAUUGCUAUUGGCCAGUUUGUCAGGGAGUGUUCGUUUACAAAGGGGAUUGCAGUGAAGAUCACUGGCAGCAGAUUUUCUGUAGGAGUUUUGGGAACUUGUAACAUGGAUCGCUGGAAAGGUAGGGUUGCUCUUGUCACUGGAGCUUCAGUGGGAAUCGGAGCUGCAAUCGCAAAGUCUCUUGUCCAGCAUGGCAUGAAGGUGAUCGGCUGCGCCAGAAAUGUGGAGCAAAUUCAGAAACUGGCAGCAGAAUGUGUUAGUAGUGGAUUCAGCGGCACUCUGUUCCCGUACAAAUGUGAUCUGUCUGUAGAGGACGACAUGAUAUCCAUGUUCUCCUGGAUCAAAGUUCAACAUCAGGGCAUUGACGUGUGCAUUAAUAAUGCUGGUUUGGCUCUCCCAGAGCCUCUACUGAGUGGCAAAACUAGUGGCUGGAGGACUAUGAUGGAUGUGAAUGUAAUUGCCCUGUCAGUGUGCACCCGUGAGGCUUACCAGUCCAUGAAAGAAAGAAAAAUUGAUGAUGGUCAUAUCAUUAAUAUCAACAGUAUUUGUGGACACCGGGUCGUCAACCAUGCUGAUGCACACUUCUACAGUGCCAGCAAAUAUGCAGUGACGGCUCUCACAGAAGGUUUGAGGCAAGAGUUACGAGAGGCCAAAACCCACAUACGUGCCACAUGUAUUUCUCCUGGCUUAGUGGAGACAGAAUUUGCCUACCGACUCUUUAGCGAAAACCCAGAAAUAGCUGUUGCUACCUACACAAGUGUAAAGUGCCUACAAGCAGUUGACAUCGCAAACUCAGUGGUGUAUGUCCUGAGUGCUCCUCCUCAUGUUCAAAUUGGUGACAUUGAGAUCACACCAGUGGAGCAGUCGAUGUAACAGGCUCAAGAUAAAUGGGAUCAAGCAUAUCGACACACUGUGACGGUGAUGCAGUACAGAAUUUGAAGUACAAAAUGAAAUAAAUCUAUAAAAUAAUUAUUGCUCAAUUUACAAGUACAUUUACAAAUAAUAGUACAUUAACUGUACUAUAUUUAUUGUAAAAGUUACAAGACAUACAAAAAUAAAGAUUUUUUUAAAAAGUU